CAUAAUUGUUUUAAUCAUCCGUAAAUUAAUCUUAACCUGUUUUAUGAUUUUAGAUUAUAUUGUUGAAUCGUUACUAAAUGUUUUACUAUUUUAAUACGACAACUGAACGAACGUCCGGUUCCGUUGGAUUGGUCUAUAGAAUAAACGUAUAAAUGUGAAAACGACCACGGAGACGGAUUCAUUCGUUGAGUAGUCGACAACCGAAAAGCACUCGAAGGUGAUAAGUAUCGGCAAUUGACGUAAUCAUUCUAAAAACGGAUUGAUGAUCGAUGUUGUGGAGCGAGUGAUUAAAUAAACGAGUGCAAGGAAUAUUGUUGUUUGAACUUUUGGUCAUCCCCAAAAGUUCAGAAGUGGGAUUACGACAAGGAUAAAUAAAACUUCCUUCCGCGCCUACAUAAACAAACAUGGAGGGGACCGGUGCCCAACAUGGAACUAGUAAUGACGCCCGAGGACGAGGGCCGGAUGAUGAUGCCCGAGGACGAGGGCCGGAUGAUGAUGCCCGAGGACGAGGGCCAGAUGAUGAUGCCCGAGGACGAGGGCCGGAUGAUGAUGCCCGAGGACGAGGGCCGGAUGAUGAUGCCCAAGGACCAGGGCCGGAUAAUGACGCCCAAGGACGAGGGCAGGAUGAUGAUACCCAAGGAUUGUGGCCACGACGUGAACGAGUUACGCGGAGGACGAUGAGACGAAGCCGGAA